AUGACCACCAACAAACAAGAAAAAAAGAACGUGAUGAAUCCCAUCCUUAAAUACGGCUUUCUUCAGUAUUUCCUCGAUCAACUUGAACAAAUCAUCAAUAACAUCUGCAGUAGCAACGCAGUCGCGUUGCUUCCAAAUGCCAAUAUAAAAGGAAAGGAGGAACAACCUUUGAUUUGCUUCAAAUUCUAUGCUGAUCGAAUUAUUGUUGAGUGGCAGGAAGGCGAAUCUCCGCAGACUCGGAGAAAUCUCGGUCGAGAGAUCAUUAAGGCAUUCAAGUUAUCACCGACAUACAUCGGUAUACCUAAGACAGGUAAAAAUCUGUUGAUUGAAUGGCGAUGGCUACGAGGAAGGAAGAAGUUUAAGAAAACAUCGAAAGAGACAGAACAGAAACUUAUUACCAAUGAAGGUCAGGACCUGAAGGGUCUUCAGGAAACAUCACAAGAGACAGACACGACUCUUAUCACCAAGGAAGGUCAAGAUCUCCCUGAUGCCUGGAACGAACUAGUUGAGCGUCAACCACAAAGAAUUCUCAAGGGGUUAAAACAUGUUUGGGAUUCUCGGGGCACAAAAGGAUUGCAUGAUGAUUCAAUAAAGCGUAUGCUUCAGGAAACAGAUGCAAGUCAACUUUGUCAUACCAAACCUCAGCAAAAAUGCCGACUUGAUGAGACAUAUCUCCCAUUUCCGUAUCUAAAAGAAAUAUGCUCACAGUUCAUGGAGAAAGAUGAGGUAUUUCCUUUCUUGAAGCUAGAGAAGGUAUCAGAUGUGGCUGAGAUAAACUCAUGGUUGGUUCUUCACACUGAGCUUGGGGUGAAAAUGCAUAAUAAUAUCGAGUUUCUGCUUGAUAUUCUAAAAUGGAUAAAGAUUUCAAACGACAAGUCAGGUCAUAUCGAGGACCCUAGUCGCAUUUUGAGGCUCUACAGUGCCAUCAAUACCAAGUUUUUUCGUGCUGGGUGUAACUGGAAGUUGAAGGAACUUCAAGUUAUUAAAAAUAUCAGAAAUAUGAUCGGAGUGGCUCCUAAUAUAAUUUUCAGGUUAUUCUUUCAAAGGGAAGAGUACAUAUUCGCUUUUGACCCUGUCGAGGGUGGUUCAUAUAGAGCCUCAUGGCUUUAUCCCGGAGAUUGUUCAUGGCAAGGACCAGAUGAGAUGAUGAGAAAAAGGCUACUUGAGCCAAUCUGUCAGUCACUGAUUGAUAAAUCUCAAGUGCCAUCCAUUUCUUUUCUCUUGACUCAAAUUUUGGACAUAAGACCGAUAUCCUGGUCUGACUUGAUGAGUGAGCUCAUGCUUCAGAGGGAGCAACACUCCCAUGACUUUGCUGUGGUUUCUGGUUUUUACAAAUAUCUUCACCACAUUGGUGGUUUGCCCGUUGAGCCUGAGACACUUAAAAGGAUAUUCGAAGAUGAGAGCCUCGUCCUUGCAACCAAACAUUCACAGCCUGGCUGGUACAAACCCUCUGAAUGCUUAUGGUCGAGUACCAUAGAGCAGCCCGGGAAGGUUGCACUGAACGAGUAUCAUGAAGAACUAAAGGGCUUCUUUAUCGAGAGUUUAGGGGUUCAACCGCUUACAAUCCAGAUGCCUCUCAUGCAAAAUCCCAUUUUUCCUGUUGUCAACCCUAAUGGAACGAAGGCCAUUGAAUUGGCUUCUUUUAGCAUCCGAAUUUGGAAAAGUGAUCAAAAUCCUGGACUUCACUGCAAGGGAAGUCUGGGAUCUAGAAGCCUUUUUUUAAAUGGGCUGGCCUCUCUUCUCGCUAUCUCUCCGAUUGUCUUAAGUGAUCGGGGUCUGUCUUGGGCAAGAAUAGACCUUGGACUCCACAACCAACUCAACACAGGUGAUGCCGUGACUUCAAGGAUAAAGCUCAUGCAAUCCUCCGGUAAUGUUGCGGGAACAUUCAAUAGCCCAAGAUACCAAGCCGACGAACUAAAGCUCUUUAGCUUACUUCAAAACGCUACUAUUCACGUGGCAGACAACAUUUUUACUUCUCUGUGCAUCAUUCAAGAUGGUAAGGUGAUUAAGGCCAAGGGAAAUGUUGCAGAAAUACACAUCGACGAAGACAGAUCUCGUCUCAAUGUUUACAUUCCCGAUGAUAUCAGAGAACAAGAGUACUGUUUUUGUGAUUUACUCCCAAGGGAGCUUGCCCAAUGGCUCAUGGGGGAUUUUGUCCAUAUUCCCCACAUAGGGAAAUUGUUGAGCUUAAUGGGAGUGAUGGAAGUUGACAUCUCAAUUGACAGGAAAGUUUCAAAUGGAGUCACAGGUCUUGAAAUGACAAAAAAUGAUGCUCCAUACCAAAAUACUGAAAAAAGUCUGUCUUCAGAAAAGAUCUCAGAAAAACCUCAUACUUGUGAAACAAACAAAACCGGAAAUCUCCCACAGUCUAGAUAUACUGGCUAUUACUCUAAUUUUCAGGAUGACCAACCUUCAUCGCCGAUUCCCAAUCAUUCCACUAAAAAGAUAACUACCAAAUCUCCAUCCAGCAAAGAUGCAGAUCUGUUCAGACAACAUCUUGAAAUUGAAGGCUUUUCGUUAGUGGAAAAUGUGGAAAAUCAAUGGUACAAGCAUAUUCUCAAUCGUGUCGUCCCACUUGCACGAUUGACCAACUUCCCUUCCAGAGGAGAUCUCAAUAAGAGUGCAAGAAGACAACUACUACCGUAG